AUGACGUCCCAAUCUCUAAAAGGCACGACAGUGCUCGUGACGGGUGCAGCCGGUGGCCUAGGGAAGGCUAUUGCCACGGCAUACCUGAAUGAGGGCGCGAAUGUUGCGAUAUGCGAUAUAAACGAGACCAGGCUCAACGCCACUCGCGAGCAGUUUGAAUCAACGGGGCGUUUUCUAGCCCUCAAGUCAGACGUCACGGACGAAGCUGCGGUGCAGUCUCUGGUCGAGGAGACCGUAGCCAAGUUCGGCCGCCUGGACAUCCUCGUGAACAACGCCGGCAUGAUGGACGCCUUCGACCCCGUGGGCGACCUGUCCAAGCAGACCUGGGACCGCGUCAUCGGGCUCAACCUCACGGGCAGCUUCCUGUGCAUGAAGUACGCCGUGGCGCAGAUGCAGAAGCAGCAGGAGCCGCGCGGCGGCACCAUCCUGCAGAUCGGCAGCAACGCGUCGUACAUGGGCUUCUGCGCCGGCGCCGUCUACACCGUCUCCAAGCACGGCGUCGCCGCCCUGGUCAAGCACACGGCUGGCCACUACGGCGACGAGGGCAUCUAUGCAGUCGGCCUCAUGCUCGGCGCCAUGGUCGACACCAACAUCUCCGAGGCCCUCGGCAUGCACGGCUUCAACCAGGCCGCCUACGCCAAGAACGCCAGCGCGAGCUUCCGCCCCGAGGCCGACGCCGUCCAGCUGAGGGACGUCGCAAAGUACUGCGUCUUCUUGGCCGACCGGAGCAUCGCCGCCACGGCCAACGGGAGCUGUGUGCCGUUCAACAAGAACUGGCCCAAGGCGUAA